CAGUAGGACAGCAGCUUCUCCUUCCUUCCUCCAUCGGCGCCGCUGCUCUCCACAGUUGUAAACCUCCCACAAGCCGCAAGAAUGCCGUUCAAGAGGUACGUCGAGAUCGGGAGGGUUGCCCUCGUCAACUACGGUGAAGAUUACGGAAAGCUUGUUGUAAUCGUUGAUGUCAUUGACCAGAAUCGGGCUCUGGUUGAUGCCCCUGAUAUGGAGCGGUCUCAAAUGAAUUUUAAGAGACUUUCCCUGACAGAUAUCAAAAUUGAUAUUAAGAGGGUCCCUAAGAAGAAGGAGUUGAUUGAAGCAAUGAAAGCCGGGGAUGUUCAAAAGAAAUGGGAGGAUAGCUCUUGGGGAAGGAAAUUGAUUGUUAAGAAGAGAAGAGCCUCUCUCAACGACUUCGACAGGUUCAAGCUUAUGUUGGCGAAGAUUAAGAGGGCUGGAUUGGUUAGACAAGAGCUCUCCAAGUUGAAGAAGGCCGAGGCUUAGAGGUUCAUUUUUUCAACGGAUUCUCUCAUUUUGCUGUCAUCUUUCAUUUAAACUACUGUAGGUCUUCGUUUUUUUGUUCCAAACUUUUGGUAGCAGUCUGUGUUCAACUUCUCACAUUUAAAUUAUAGUACGCCAAUUUCUUAUUUGGAUUUCAAUUGUCACAGCUUUAUCACCCUCUAUUUAUAAGGUCCUUGUUUAAAUUGGCUUGAAUGAUAGUUCUGGUUUUUCA